CCGUAAGUGAGAGUUAACAGAGACAUGCUCAGCAGCGCCAAGGCUCAAACACCCUCCAGCUCAUUCUCCGCGACAUCAUCAUCAUUCCUAGCGGUGAUACUCCUUUUUUCCCUCAUUGAACCGAUACAUCUUCACCCAUCUCCGCGCCCUACACCGUCCAGAAACUCGUCCACGGUCUCCUCAGGACUCAUCUUCGGCGUCUUCCCGCGCCAACUCACCGCUGCAGCGAGUCCGUGAGACCAGCACGGAUCCCUCUUCGGAAACGACAUGCAGCCGCCGCUAGUUUAGACCCCUUCUCGGUCUCUCAAUCUCGUCACUCUCUCGGUCUCUCUUCCUCUCCCGCUCGGCUUUCUACUCCAAAGCCGUGUUUGUUCCCACUGUGGCUCUCACGUGGGAUCGCGCAGCGCAGCCUGCGGGAUCAUAUGACCUCGAACAAUGUUCGCCCUCCCUCAACCCUCCAUGGAGAGGAGGAAGUUCGACUGGCGGAGAUUCUCUGCGCCAGCUGCCAUCGCAAGCAUGAUCCUCGCCGUUCUCUCCGUCGUCCUCUACUUUAGUAUUCGUGAACAUCUCACUGCCCGGGAUGAGGUUCGAUUUGAUGCCAACCUGCCGAGGGUGACGGUCGAUCUAGGCUACGCAAGGUAUUCUGGCAAUGUGCUCCCCAGCGGCGUGAACCAGUUUCUCGGCAUGAGAUUUGCGGCGCCUCCCAUAGGAAAUCUGAGAUGGCGUGCACCUCAGGAUCCCGAGCCCAAGGAAGGCACAACAGAUGCCAUCGAUUUUGGGCCGACAUGUCUCGCGACGGAAGUGACUUAUCCCACUUCGGGCCAAGAUGAGGACUGUUUAUAUGUCAACGUCUGGUCACCUAACAACACGACGUCCGACUCGAAGCUCCCGGUGUGGUUGUUUAUUCAAGGCGGAGGCUACACCUCCAAUGCCAACCCCAACUGGAAUGGCUCUCAGGUCGUCGACGUCUCCGGCAAGAACAUCGUCUUCGUCAACUUUAACUACAGGGUCGGCUUGUGGGGGUUUCUGGCAAGCGAGCGCAUUAGGAAGGACGGAGACUUGAAUGCCGGACUCUUGGACCAGCGGCAGGUCAUGAAAUGGGUCCAAACUCAUAUUUCAAAGUUUGGCGGCGAUCCAAAUCACGUUGUUAUCCAUGGUCUCUCGGCAGGCGCUGGCUCAGUCGCCCUCCACCUCGCAGCCUACGGCGGGAGGGAUGACAAGCUGUUCGUAGGCGCCAUGUCUGAGUCUGUCUUCUUUCCCGCCCAACCCCGCGUGCCCGAGCUUGAAUACCAAUUCGACAAGACCGUGGAGAAGGUCGGUUGCAAGGACGACAAGGACCAGAUGGGGUGUCUUCGCGGCAAGGAUAUCAAGGCCAUCCAGGACGCCAACCUUGCCUUGCCGUUCCCCGGAAGAUCGGCGAACCCUCAUUUUUACUGGACGCCCUGUAUAGACGGUGACAUGCUCCGGGAUUACCCAUACCGGCUCUACGAAAAGGGAUCCUUCAUCAAAAUGCCCGUACUCUUCGGCACGGGAACUAACGAGGGGUCCGUUUUCGCCGCCAACGUCGCGACCCAGGAGGGAUUCGUCUCCUUCAUGACGGAUAACUACCCGAAGCUCACAAAGAACGAGACUGGUCCUAUGCUAGAAAAGUACCCACUCCUGGCCCCCCUCCCGAACCACAAUGCCUGGUUCCCCUCUACCAGCCAGGCCUACGGCGAGACGACCUUCAUCUGCCCGGGAAACAUCGUCAUGGACGCCUAUGCGGCCGUGAACCGCUCCUCCACGAGCUGGUCCUACCGUUUCAACGUACAGGACAACCAAAACACGGCGUCCGGGCUCGGCGUCCCGCACGUCUUCGAAGCGCCCGCCGUCUUCGGCAUCGACGCGUGUCCGACGCCUGAGAGCUUCCGCACAUAUAACCGGCCGAUAGUGCCUCUGAUGAUGAACUACUGGAUCUCCUUCAUCCGGAGCCUGAACCCCAACACGUACAAGCUCAACGGUGCCCCGGCUUGGGACGCCUGGGGGAAGAACCAGUCACGGUACGUGUUUGAGCUGGACAAGAACCGUAUGGAGAAUGUCGACGACGGGCAGAAGUCCCGGUGCCGCUUCUGGGAGAGCAUCGUGGAGGUCAUGGAGCAAUGAAGGGCCCCAGGCUUAGCGCACUAUGAGGCGUUGCAUGUGGAUUUCCGGGCAUACGAGUUUGGAUUGGCAUAUUGGAUUGAUACCAGCUUGGAUGAGAUAGCGUGUAAUGUCUUCUUCUGUUUUUACUGCAUAGUUCGAACCCCUUUCUUGCAGAACAUGUUCCGGCUCGUAUAAAAGGCUCAUAUAAUCUACCUAAUGCGAGAGUGAGGCCGGACCAUAGCCAACAUCCAAUGAGUUGAAUCUCCGACACUGCACCAACAACAUGUAACAUCAGACUUACGGCUCACCUAUUCUUUCGAUAUCCUCCUCGCCGCAUUUUCACACAAGACCCAGUCCACGGAAAGAAAUGCCAAGGAACUGCGCCGCAGACUCGAUCCGCCCUCUCAAACUUGGUCCAGCCAACACCCGCAGCUGCCAGACGUGCUCCGCCCUUAGUCUCCCAUGUGACUCGUCUCUCGCCAGUCUCUCAGCCCACUAGGCUGCCGCCCCUGACGCCUGGCGUGACGUGUCGUCUGCCAUUCUCGUCGUCAGAGCCUUCCUCUAACAGAGAGCUUGACCUCAUUCCCAUCCUCGAGAGAGAGAAAAAAUAGCAAUUCUUCGAGAAGCGCACGAGCCGUGAACACCCCCCCUCCCCGCUCCAUUCGAUCGAAGCGGACACUAGCCAUGGACGAGAACGGCCCUUCGAGUGGCCGGACCAUCUCCGAGGCGCCGGACCGACACAACGACAUGCCGCGGGACCUCAAGACCCUGAGGAGGCGCCGUGCCAUCUCCGCGGACAGCGACGACAACGAAGAAGACGAAGGACACAAUGAGCGUCCUCACCAGAGGGGGUUGAUCGGCGAGACUCCCGAGCAUCGCAGGAGGCGGAGGCGGAGGCUGGAAGCCGAGUUGCAGUCGGACGGCGUCUUUGGGCUCCUCUUUUGCCUUUCCAGUCUUGUUUAUUGUUUUUGACUGUGGCCGGGCGGGUGCACACAUACAUCCCUUUCGUCAAACAGACCCCCUGCGGAUUCCGCUCGCGUUCGAUGGCUUCCAGCAAUUAAGGACAAUCAGCGGGGCCGACGCAUUUAAACUCAAGAUCAUGGCAGGAGUCGGGAACAUUGUAUUUCACUCGAAAUCAGGUCUCCAUAUAUGUCUGUAUACUAGAGCCAAUGUAAAAUGGGUCACGAAUGAGGAAUA